AUGAAGGCCAACUUUGCCCUUCUGGCUCUCACUGCCGGCCAGGUCUCCGCUCACUGGGGUAACUGGAAGGAAGCCCCCAAGUACACCCCUCCUCAAGCUAUCGACAACAAGUGUGAGGAGAACCAGAAGAAGGGCUGGCAGUGGGAUGACCUCCAGCUCGGCCAGUUCGAGAAGUACAACGACUGGGAUUUCAAGGGCUGGUCCUGUGGAACCGACAAGUCGAAGCGCGAUCUCUCUGGCCGACACUUUGGCAAGUCUAUCUUUGCCGACUGUGGUGGUAAGAAGGAAGAGGCCCCCUCAUUCGGAUGCGGUGCCGGCAGCAAGCAGAAGGAGUUCUCUCUCCACAAGUUCCACGUGAAGCCCGAGUUCGACUGCCGUCUCGAGUUCCACUACGACAUGCCUGAUGGCUCAAUUUGCAAGCACCAGGCCGACUGUUCCAAGGAUGGUACUGAUGUCUACAACACCCAGUGUGGUGGUGCCAAGAAGGUUCACUUCGUCUACCCCCCGCAGCCCAACAAGCCCAAGGACAAGUGCCGAGUUGAGAUUCCCCAGAUCGAUUUCAACUGUGAGAAGCCCUCUUUCCCCAAGUACCCCAAGCCAUCUUUCCCCCCCUCCGACGACAAGACCAAGACUAUCCCCAGCGGUGAGAACACCCAGACUGUUCCCGCUGAGGAGCAGACCACCGACUUCUCCUCUCCCGCCGAGACCACUGCUCCUUACGGUGACAACACUGAGACUAUCCCCGCUGGCGAGAACACCGAUACUGUCCCUGCCGGUGAGAACACCAAGACUGUCCCUGCUGGUGAGGAGACUACCGCUCCUGUUGCCGACAACACCGAGUCUGUCCCCGUUGAGGAGACCAAGACCGUCCCUGCCGGCGAGCAGACCACUGACUUCUCCUCCCCUGCUGAGACCACCUCCGCCCCUGUAGCCGACAACACUGAGACCGUUCCCGCCGGUGAAGAGACCACUGUCCCUGCUGGUGAGGAGACCAAGACCGUCCCCGCUGGUGAAGAGACCACUGUCCCUGCUGGCGAGAACACCAAGACUGUCCCUGCUGGUGAGGAGACCACCGCUCCUGUUGCUGACAACACCGAGUCUGUUCCCGCUGAGGAGACCAAGACCGUCCCUGCUGGUGACAAGACCACCGAUGUCACAUCUCCUUUCGAGACCACCUCUGCCCCUGUUGGUGAAGAGACCCAGACCCUCCCCGCUGGUGAGAACACUGAGACCCUUCCCGCUGGUGAGAACACCAAGACUGUCCCUGCCGGUGAGGAGACCACUGUCCCCGUUGCCGACCGCACCGAGACCGUUCCUGCUGGUGAGACUUCUGUCAAGACCACCGUCUACGACAGCACCUCUACCAUCUACACCACCGACGUGAAGACCAUUACUUCUUGCGGUCCCGAGGUUACCAACUGCCCCGUCACUGCUGGUACUCCCGUUGUUGUUACCGAGACUGUUGCCAUCUCUACCACCAUCUGCCCCGUUACCGAGACUCUUACUGGCGACAAGCCCGCUGGUACUAAGCCUGCUGGCGAGAAGCCCACUGGUGACAAGCCUGUUGAGGGUGGUGACAAGCCUGGCUACACUGCUCCCGCUGGCGAGAAGCCCGCCAAGACCACUGAGGGCUCUUCUCCCAACGCUACCACUGACGUCCCUGAGGAGGCUACCACUAUCGUCACCAGCUACGACAGCGUCUCUACCGUCUACAAGACUGAGGUCAAGACCAUUACCUCUUGCGGCCCUGAGGUCACCAACUGCCCUGUCACCGCUGGUGAGCCUGCUGUUGUUACCGAGACCGUCGCUGUUUCUACCACUCUCUACCCUGUCAUCGAGACCGUCACCCACAAGGCCCCCAAGCCCGUCGAGACUGGUUCUGAUGAGAAGCCUGUGACUCCCGAGGCUCCCAAGGACGGCUACGAGGUUCCUGAUGUUGUUCCCAGCUGCUUGAACACCUUCCUUGACUUCGUUGAGGACUGCAAGGACAACACUGACGCUGCCUGCUACUGCCCCUCCAAGGACUUCGUCGACAACGUCUUCCAGUGCCUUUACGCCCACGCUGAGAACGAUGACACCGUUGCCCAGGCCGUCUCCUUCUUCCAGGGUAUCUGCGCUCCUUACGUCGAGAAGAACCCCGGUAUCGCCACCGGUGCCGACUCUGUCACUGAGCACAUCACCGUUACAGGCACCACCAUCAUCACCUCUGCCCACUACACCACUGUCGUCGUCGCUACCACCAUCACUGAGCCUUACGUCACUGGCGGUUCCACCAUUGAGGGAUCCUCCACUGUCAAGACCAUUGAGACUGAGAUCGUCGUCCCCGAGGUUGGCUUCACUGACGGCCCUGGUGGUAACGGUCCUAUCCCUGCCCAGACUGUCCCCGCUGAUGUCCCCGCUGCCGGUACUGAGGCUCCUGCCGCCCCCGGCUACGAGGCUCCCGGUGCUGGUGAGACUCUUAUCACCAACAAGCCCGUUGUCGGUACUGGUGGUCUUCCCGCCCCUACCGCCACCCCUGGCGUUCCCGUGACUGCUGGUGCCGCUCGCAACGGCAUGGGCAUCGCCGCCGCCAUCCUGGCUGUUGCCAUUGCCCUUUAA